AUGGCUGAUCUCGAUUCCUACCUCGCCUACAAGCGAGAGACCAAAUACUUGGUGUUCUGGCUCCUCCAUACGUCCAACUCCAUCAUCACUACCAAGGCGCCCCGUGAACCUAACCUCGAACCCAACACAACUGGCCAAGUCACGGUCGCAACCCUCGUGUCCCUCGCCAACCUCAUCUCUCAGUAUACCAAAAGGACUCCAACCAUAGUUCUUCGUGUCUUUAGGACUGUGAUCUCUGCCAGGAAAGCCACAUGUGUCCAGUAUGCGCGUCUCGCAGCGCAAAACCCAGAUGAUGUCUCGCUGGCACGGGGCAAUGCAUCUCACCGUCACUUCAAUGAAGCAUUGGAGGCUGCCUAUCUUGCUCUCGGCGGAGAAGAUCGAUUGAAGGCGACAGCAUCUGAGGAACAUGGUGACUAUGACGUUGAAGACCUCGAAAGAAUGGUAUUCUCAAACAGUUUCUCAGCAUUGUCCGUUGAGGGAAGUGACCAAAACUCUGGAACAGAGUCGGAAGCUGUUAAAAGCACCGUCCCCAUCAGAAAGCAGCAACGGAAGCCUGGCAAAGGAAGACGAGGCCGAAGGGCUGGCAGGAUCAAAGGUGGAAGACACGAACUAUCGCACCGAAAAGGUAACAAAGUCCGACUCCUAAACCAAGCAAAACUGGAAUGGUCAGCAUGUUUUACUAACGUGGCCUGGAACCAUUUAGCGCUCGAGGGCAUAUCAGUCGACGGCUUUGGCAUCAUCAGCGACGAUGAUAGUCAUAUCAGCAUCGAGUAUAUAAUGGCUGUGAGCUGCUUAGCCGAGGAAUGGUGUCACCUCCGCAGCUGGCUGAACAUGGUCUGGUUUCGAGCCUCUCACGGUAGUCUCAACAAUGCAGUUGCUGGUGUUAUCACCAAAGUCGCCUUCUCCAUCCAGAAACAGACAGAACUGGCCAUAUUUGUUGACUUUCAAGGUCGUGAUUCCUACAAAUCAGUCCUUGAAGCACUGAACAGCGGUCGAAACGGACUCUCACUUGACAAGGGUCAUUUCCUCAAUACCAGCGACAGGCAGGAUCUGAAAGAGCAAUGUCUUGCCCAUACAUACAAGUAUCUGAUGGAUUUUAUCGCCGACUACCAAAAGACUAGAACGGGCAAGCCUACCAAGCCCAUGCUGCGGGAAAUCGGCUCCUGGAAUCCAGCUGCUUGCUUGUCAAGUUUCACUCGCCCACAGAGGCUCAAAUGGCGUCGGGCAUACACUAUCAACUGGCUCUAUGACCUUGUCAACACAUAUGCGUACCCUGUCAUGAAGGCUCAAGGUUCGACAGCAGAAGUCAAACUCGAAGACAUUGAUUGGAGCAUUAAUGGACCUUGGAAUCCAACCACGAGUAACCAACGGCGGCUUUAUGGGCUGAACGAGUUUGCAGCUGCAGUCACAACACUUGCCAUGCAAAAGGAAGGCACAGAUGUCAGCUCUCGAAUUCCCUCCUCACUGGUGUUUCAACUCCAGAUUAUUGUGGACUCACUUACUGUCAGUUAUGGAUGGAUGAAUCUCGAUCUGAAAGAUACACAGGCACAAUACAGUCUACAACCCCCAAGGACUGGCAUGUCCAACAUAUUCAGCUUCAUCUUUGGUGAACCCAGAACACCUGGUUGUGGUUGCGGCACCAAAUCGGUCUCGGGUACUCAGGACGGUGCUUAUGAUCUUUACAACCUUGCGGCUCAAGAACACCCCUCGCGUUUUGCCCAGACCAAGCCACUAAAGCUGCUAUAUCAGACAAUAGUCGACAUGAACAACUUCCUGGGAAAGUUCUGGCCUGACGAUAACCACAAUGCCACCAUGGCAGGUAUUCACACGUCCAGGUUCAGCAAUGUUGUUGAGUCGGGUCUUUGCGCAUUAUGGGAGUACUCUCCUGCUUUAUGCGGCACCGGCCUCGCGGAGGCACUUGACUAUUCGCAUAAUGCUUCACUACUAAUGCUCAACAAAGCUAUCGAGGUCGUUUGUCUCAUGCACAUCUACAAUAAAGUUCGACAGACAGGACAUCUGGCUCAACCUAUCGAUGUCUUUGAGGUCUUGCAGGUCACUUUUCCUGGCGUUUACCGAGAUGUGGGUGGUGUCCCUCCGACAAAGGGACCGUUCGGAGCUUCAAUGUGGCAACAAAUGGUGCAGACAGAGAAGAGAGGUUGCAAGCGUGCACAACCUUUCCCAUCCAACACGUUCAAUGUCGAUAAACUUCUUGUGCCCCAACCUGAUGGGUACUUUGACAACUCGACUCUUCUCUACGCGCUCCGUUCAGUUGAGUGGGACCCCUGCAGGGUGGCAGAUCAUGACCUCCCUCUUUACAGCUCGCUACGAAGAUAUCGAAGGGUGGACCGCUGGAGCAGGACCAAGGCAGCCGAGAACCUCGCCGAAAAGGAGUCUUCAGCUGCUCGCGAACGGGUGGCUGCCGUUACUGAAGAGGAGAUACGGGCAAUUUCAUCUCUCAAAUCGACGUUUGGAGCACGCUCGUGGCUGGACCUGCCACCCUACAAAACCGGACCCAAAGAUACGGAGAACCGCAACGAGCAGGAAAAUCUGACGCGAUCUUUCGAGCAGGGAUUUCUAGCUCACAAAUGGAAGCCUGAGCUUGACAACAGCAAGGCGCCCGGUAGAGAUCGGCGAACUAGGCACGAGACCAUGCUUGCGCGCAUCGAGUGUGACAUCUACAACGAGAUAUGCGGCGGUGCCCCCAUCCUUGGCCUGAACCUACCGAGAAUAACAGUGACGUUGAUGAAGCUAUUUGGCACCAUGGAGGAUGCUCUGUCCGCCGCGAGGAACAAGACGUGGGCAGCGGCGCGUAUGAAGCAUGUCAGCAGCGAUUGCGACGCCUGCUGCAAGAAGCAGCGUCUGGCCCUCGCCAGGUACGUCCUAGACGCAACGGAUGAUGAAGAAUGCCUCAACAUUGUAGCGAAAGUAUUCGAACGGCCCGAGCUGGAGGAUCUCGCCGAUGCUGGCUUCUGGAACUUUGAUCUGGAUAUGACGGACUUUUAUGACAUGCAUCUGUGCGGCUGCAUGCGCAAGUCAUCUCUCUCUGGAUUUGUGUACUUUGCGUCUUGA